CCCAUUCCCCUUCCUCCUCCCGCGCCCUCCCAUGGCGGCGGCGCCGGCCCUCCGCCCCGUCCUCCUCCCUCGUCCCCAACCCGACGACAACGGCCGACGCCUCCCACCAGUCCCUACCACAACACCACGAGCCCCCACCGCCCGCCCAUGCCGUGCUCGCUCUUCCGCCCGAACCCCCACCCGCGGACAUGACCCCCCGCGAUGGAGGAUCCGGGCCCGUCGUCCGCCGCCCCUGAGCCUCCCCCGCCCUCGCCCCCGCCGGAGGAGGAGGACGGCUGGGUGAUCCUGCCGCCCAGCGAGGUCGAGGGCAUCGGCGAUCCCAAGGUCAUCCACUGGGAGGACCUGCAGCAGGAGCUCGCCCGCCUCUGGAGCCUCUCCGCCGCGCUCCAAUUCGGCAGGGACCGCAAGGCGCAGCUCGCCGCGCGACUCGAGUCCGCAUUAGAGACUCGAGCACCUUGGCCGGCGACCUGCAGAGGAUCCUCUCCACCAUGCGCGAGCUCGACGACAGGGCACAUGAUAGAGAGCCAUAUCAAACGCCUUGAUGAAGACCUGGGCCAGUUUGCAGAAGAUUUAAAGCAUGAAGGAAAGAUACCUCCAGAUGAGCCUCCUGUCCUUCCUCCAGUUCCGGUGGUUAGCAGAGAUGAGAAAAGGAGGCUUGGUUUCAGUACACCUCAAUCAUCAAAGAAAUUUAGAGAGAGAGAGUGGGACAGGGAAAGGGGUAUGGACUUCGAUUUAAUGCCCCCUCCAGGUAGCAGCAAGAAAGCAGGUACAUCUAUGGAUGUGGAUCAAAUGAUUGAUCCAAAUGAACCGACGUAUUGUAUAUGCCACCAGGUUUCAUAUGGUGAUAUGAUUGCCUAUGACAAUGAGAAUGUAAGUUGUUUGGUGCCAGAUAAUCAUGACUCAUGAGUUAUUUGUCAGAGUUAAAUUAUAGUUUCAUUUCAAUUAUAAGCUUGUCAGAUCUCAGAUAAGGCUUAAAACUUUUACUGAGGUGGUUUUGCUGGGAUUUUAAGACUUCUUUGUUUUCAUUUCAAACAACAAAAUUUAGCGUUCACUUCAAACAUAUAUUGUUUUCAUUUCAUGCUCUGUGGUAUGUUUGAAUUUGGACUGCAAACAUAUAUUGUGCUAUUGAACCUA